UCAAGAUUAACCCGUGCAGCCGGUCACUCAGACAUCCCUCUCAGAUCGCAUCAUUUCUCGUGGUUUUGAACGGGAGCAUCACCACAGGGAUGUCAAGUCUGCUGGAGAAUCCCGUGCAGGCGGUGCUCUACCUGAAGGAGCUCACCGCCAUCGUGCAGAACCAGCAGAGCCUCAUCCAGACCCAGCGGUACCGGAUCGACAUUCUCGAGCGCCGGCUGGAGGAUCUAGCGGUUGAGAAUCGGCAGCUGCGGGACUCGAGCAGUCAUCAGCACCGGCACCCUCCCCGAUAUCAUCCGCCUCCGCCUCCCCGGACCUCCAGCUUGCCCCGAGCCAGCCCGGCCAGCAGAGACGGGACGACCCCCGUUCAAACACCGAGCCAGCAGCACCAUUCCCCGCACGAUAUGCAGCUUGUGCCCGCGGGACCCAGCGAUGCCAAUCCGGACUCUUCUGAUGAAGUCGAUGAUGAUGCUCAGGACCCCUGCUGUCGGUCCCUGGUCCCACAGACACCUGCCACCCUGUGUCGAGCUGUGGGACUCUCACGCGCAUCCGAGAGUCAGACAGUCCUGCAUCAGUUCUGCUGUCCAGCACCAGAAGCCCCAGAAGGAGACUCCAUAACCUGCUCCAGCUCAAGUCCUGCCAUACAGAAACAGAAAGACGAGGAAAAAGACAUUCAGCCUGACGUGCCUCCCUGCUUACAUCCUCCAGAAUACGAGCUCUCUCCUGAUCUCAAACAAAAACAGAUAGAGGAGCUGGAACAAAAAUAUGGUGGUCCUCUCAUUUCUCGGCGAGCGGCCUGUAAGAUCCAGACAGCAUUUCGUCAGUAUCAGCUCAGUAAGAACUUCCAGAAGAUUCGUAACUCUGUGCUGGAAAGUGGGAUUCCACGGCGUAUGUCAGUGCGCAGGGUUCGGGUACAGAGGGAAAGUUUCUCUGCUGAACGAGCGCUGAUGGAAGGCUGUUCAUUUAUGGGCAUCCCGCUCACACACUCCACAUCAUUGCCGGUGGGCGCUGCAGCUACACUCACAAACCUGGAGGACACAUUCACUGAACAGGUGCAGUCGUUAGCACGAUCCAUUGACGAGGCUUUGAGCAGCUGGAGUUCUGUGCGAGAUGGUGAAGGAGAGAGGCCUUCUGCGGCUCCUUCUGGAUCUCAUCCUGAGGGUCUCCUGAUGGAUCCCAACACCCUACCAGAGGCCACACAGAGCAGUUGUGGGGAGAGUAUUCCCCGCAGCGCCAGCAAACUUAUGAUGGCUUUUAGAGAUGUGACUGUUCAAAUUGACAACCAUAACAUUCGCCUCUCCUCAUCCAUGCUGGAGUCAGUUUCCCUUGGUAACGGUGUAUCUAAGGAGACUAUCUCAGAAGCAAAAACGGGGGUACAGAACACAGGCCAGUCAGAUUCAUCGGUCACAGUCGAGCCAGAGUUUCCAGCUCCUCCACACAGCAAGGAAGAGAAGCAGAAUCAACAGCCAAUUGGAUCGGACGGACUGAUUACAGGGGCAGGACAAGAAGGGAAACAAGCCAAUCAGGCUGGAUCUGAGAUGACGGAAAACAGUUCUGAACCCAUCAGUAGUAGCAGCACCUCGACAUCAGCGUGUGAGACGAUGAUACUGUCAAUGCCCCGCCCACACUGCCAGGACACGCCCUGCGGAACCCUCUCGACAGAUACUGCACGCAAGCGUCUCUAUCGCAUUGGACUAAACCUCUUCAAUGUGAAUCCAGACAAAGGCAUCCAGUUCCUGAUAUCCAGGGGCUUCAUUCCAGACACAGCCAUAGGUGUGGCUCACUUCCUGUUGCAGAGGAAGGGCUUAAGCCGACAGAUGAUUGGAGAGUUUCUGGGUAACAGCAAGAGACAAUUCAACAGAGAUGUCUUAGACUGUGUGGUGGAUGAGAUGGAUUUUUCUAUGCUGGAGUUAGAUGAAGCAUUAAGAAAGUUUCAGGCUCAUGUACGAGUACAAGGAGAGGCUCAGAAAGUCGAGAGACUCAUUGAGGCGUUCAGUCAGAGGUAUUGUAUGUGCAACCCUGAUGUGGUGCAACAGUUCCACAACCCCGACACCAUCUUUAUCCUGGCCUUCGCUAUCGUACUGCUCAACACAGACAUGUACAGUCCCAACAUCAAACCAGAGCGAAAAAUGCUGCUGGAAGACUUCAUUCGCAACCUACGUGGAGUGGAUGAUGGGGCGGAUAUUCCACGGGAGAUGCUAGCUGGGAUUUACGAACGGAUCCAGCAGAGGGAGCUGCGAUCCAAUGAAGAUCAUGUGACCUACGUUACCAGAGUGGAGCAAAGCAUUCUUGGAAUGAAGACGAUACUCUCAGUUCCUCAUCGCAGGCUGGUAUGCUGCAGUCGACUCUUUGAGGUCACCGAUGUAAAUAAACCACCGAAGCAAGCAUCACAUCAAAGGGAGGUGUUCCUCUUUAAUGACCUGAUAGUGAUCCUAAAGCUGUGUCCAAAGAAGAAGACUGCCGCCACGUAUACGUUCUGCAAGGCCUUGGGGUUGCUGGGAAUGCAGUUCCAUCUGUUUGAGAAUGAGUAUUACCCUCAUGGAAUCACAAUAUUGUCUCCGUUCUCUUCGGAGAAGAAGCAGGUGGUGAGCUUCUGUUCUCAGAGCGCCGAGGAGCUGCUCAAGUUUGUGGAGGACCUGAGAGAGAGCAUCGCAGAGGUGGCAGAGAUGGAGCAAAUCCGUAUUGAGUGGGAACUGGAAAGACAACAGGUCAUAAGAAAUCAGAUGAACAAGAACGGCACGCAGCUAGACAUCCAUGCUGGACCCAGUUCUGCUGCAGGGGAUGAUUGUUAUGACAAAACAGGAAGCAACACGGUAGAGGUGUCAAUUCACAACAGGCUCCAAACGUACCAACUCAGCUCUGCUCUGGCCACACCCAGCGGUCAGCAACACCUGGCCGUCCUGCCUAGCCCUGCCCCUGGCUCCACAUUCACCAUCUCCCCCGACACCCUCAUCCAGUGCCAACAGAUUGUAAAGGUGAUCGUAGUCGACGCUGCCGGGCGUGGCCACGUGGAGGCGUUCCUCAGCCACAACCCCGCCCAUCGCCUCAUCCAAUCGGCCGUCUCCACGCCCACCAGGUCGCGGGAGGGUGUCCAGCAGCAGCCGCCCCUCCCUCCUCCUCCACCUCCUUAUCAUCACCCACAUCAGUUUUGUCCUCCGACCCCUCCACUGCCCCGCCAUCUGCUGAGUCAACGCAGGUACUCCAGUGGGACACGCAGCCUAGUCUAAGCACAUACACACAUAUCGAUGUGUAAUCACCAGUUUAUGGAAUAGUUCUCCAAAAAAUUCUAAUUCUGUCAGCAUUUACUCACCCUCAUGUCGUUCAAACCUGUAUACUGCUGUUUUUAUCAACUUAAAUUUUAGUCUGAUCAUCACACAAAGCUAUCAUAUGACUUAAGAAAAUUUGGAAUAUAGUGUAUGGUUCAUCAUACUGACUACAUCUAUUGUGUUUGUUUUGUCUUUUUUAAGGCUUAAAGGUAUAUUUCACCCAAAAAUACAAAUUCAGUCAUUGUUUA